AUGUCAGCCAUACGGAGGCUCCUCCCACCGAACAUCGCCAACCGCAGCACCGGUUUGGAAACGCUGACGGCGUUCUUGUGGCGUCACCGCACCGCCGCUCUACGACCCGACCCGAACAAGGAGAUGCGAGUCAUAUUCAUCGUCAACGCACGUCCCAAGCUCAAAAACCCAACGUUACCUCGAGGAUACUACGGAAACGCGUUUGCGUUUCCAGUCGCAAUCGUAAGGGCAAGAGAACUUACGGAGAAACCUUUAGAGUUUGCUUUGAGACUAGUGAAGGAGGCCAAAGCGAGCGUGACUGAUGAGUACAUGCGAUCGCUUGCUGAUCUUAUGGUGACGAAAGGGAGACCAAAGUUCUGGAUGGACGGAGCCUAUUUGGUAUCUGACGUGAGAAACUUUGCGGAUAUUGAUCUUGGAGUUUGGGGUAAACCGGUUUACGGAGGUAUCGGUACGGCUGGAGUUGUGGAUUCUCUGGCGUCUAGCUUCUAUGUUUCGGCUGAGAAUAGAAAAGGUGAGAGAGGGAUCCUUGUACCGGUUUGUUUACCGGAGAAGGCGAUGAAGAGGUUCGUGGAAGAGCUUGAGGGUGUGUUUGAUGGUUCCAGUGUGGGAAGCAAAAGCCUACAUAAACUGAUCGUGUCUUGUCUGUAA